CAACACUCCAAUGUCUUUCACACAUGUAAUUGACUCUCUCUCUCUAUAUAUUAUAUCUUGAAGGAAACCUCUGUCCAAGAUAUCUUCAACUCCAUAAGUCUCAGCGACUGUGCAACUUCUGAUGGCUUCUCGCCGGGAAAGGAAAAGGAAUGAAAGUAGAGGUACUAAUAGUUUUACAGAUCUGAGGGGAUCUAGGUCGUCGCCCGAGUUGAAUAGAAGUACAAGUAUUGGGCCGAGACAAUAUUCAUAUCAACAACUAGCAAAGGCCACCAAUCAUUUCUCCAGUAACAAUCUUCUUGGCGAGGGUGGCUUUGGACAAGUUUACAUGGGAUCAGUAGGUGGUCAAUCCCUUGCUAUUAAAAAACUCAAAAAUCAUCGAGAUCUACAGUCUCAAGGAAAACUGCAGGAUGAGAUUAUACUUGUUAGCACCGUCCGUCACAAAAAUCUUGUUGAACUGGUUGGUUACUGCGUUGAAGGGGCCGAUAAAUUGCUUGUUUUAAAGUAUUUUCCUAAUAAGUCUUUGGGUUCUCAAUUACAUGAAAGCGAAGAGAAUUUAGACUGGGAGACGAGGAUGGAUAUCGCUAAAGGCUCUGCAAGAGGACUGGAAUAUUUGCAUGAACAUUGUGAUCCUCCUAUUAUACAUUUGGAUAUUAAAUCAGAUAAUAUCCUUCUUGACCAUGAUUUUAAACCAAAGGUGGCUGACUUUGGACUUGCACGCAUUUUUUCGGAGGCUGCUACUCACAUAUCCGAAUCAGCAAUUAUGGGAACUAAAGCCUAUAUAGAUCCAUAUGCAAUAAAAACUGGACAGUACUCUGUAAAAUCAGAUAUUUACUCAUUUGGCGUUAUGCUUCUGGAAUUAAUUACCGGAAGAAGACCCAUAGAAGAAGACGGCUUUGAUGUUGUUGAAUGGGCAAAAUUUGAAAUUAAAAGUGCUCUGCGGGAUGAAGAAUUUGAAGAAUUUGUAGAUUCUACAUUGCAAAUGUUUGACCAUGGAGAAAUGUAUCGAAUAUUGUUCUGCAUUGAUGUUUGUAUAAAUAACCGUCCAAAGUUUCGUCCAUCAAUGAAGAAGAUACUUCUAGCUCUUGAAGGAAUUUUGCCUUUAGACGAAUUAUGCAAGGAGAAGGGUGAUAACAAAUUGCCACGGUACCCUACUUUAUAUAAAGAUCCAUCUCCUAUGAAAGCCAAUAAUAGUACUAAAAUGUGGAGAUCUACCGAUGAAGCUUCAUCUAGCGAGAGAUUUCAAGUUCGAAAUCGGAGUACAUCUAAUAAAAUGUGGAGAUCUGCUGAUGAAGCUUUAAUGAGGAGAUCUGCUGAUGAAGCUUUAAUGAGGAGAUCUGCUGAUGAAGCUUUAAUGAGGAGAUCUACUGAAGCAAUUAAUCGUUUAGCUGAAGGUGUUAAACGUCUUGAUCUUUCUAAUGAUGAUGAAGAAGAAGAUGAUGAAGAAGAGGUUUCAGAUGAAGAGGAGGAAGAAGAACUUGAAGAGAAUGAGGACGUUAAUGACAAUGACCUUAGUCAUAAGUCAAAAAUGGCUGAUGGAGGAGAGGUGAUUGCCUGCCACACCGUUCGGGCAUGGACCGAGCAGAUGGAAAAGGCACAGAAGGGAAAACAACUGACUGUGGUGGAUUUCAGUGCUGCCUGGUGCCCGCCUUCUCGUUACAUGAGUUCAGUUCUGGCAGAGAUGGCCAAGAAGAUGCCCAAUGUCACAUUCUUGGUGGUGGAUGUUGAUGAAUUGACUUCUGUUUCUGAGGAAUGGAAAAUUGAGGCAAUGCCAACUUUUUUGUUCUUCAAACAAGGAAAAGUAGUUGACAAGAUUGUGGGUGCCAAUACAGAGGAGCUGCAGUCGACCAUUGCAAAGCAUGCUGUCGACGACACUCCAACGAUAUUUACUUAUCAACAAAUUGAAUGGGCAACUCGAGGUUUCUCCAAAUUUCUCGGUGAGGGUAAUCUGGGUUCAGUUUUUAAGGGAUUCCUGGAUGGCAAAGACUUUGCAGUGAGGAAACUUGAAGAUCUUUCAGAUGAAGAGGAGCAAGAAAAACUUGAGCAGAGUAUUAAGACCAUUGGCAGUGUGAGUCACCCAAAUCUUGUUCAGCAGUUUGGGCACUGCAUUCAAGGAUCCAAUAUAUAUCUUGUUCUAGAGUUUUUUCCCAGCAACUCCUUGAAAUCCCUUUUACAUGGAAAAACAACACUGGAAUGGUCAAAAAGAAUGAAAAUCGCAAUAGAUUCUGCAAAAGCAUUGGAAUAUCUCCAUGAUAAUUGUGAUAUUAUACAUGGAAAUAUCAUGACAAAUAAUAUUCUUGUUGAUAAGAAUUUCCAGUCAAAGGUUGCAAAUUUUGGACUUAUCAAGCAUUAUAGAUCUGAGAGAACUGAUGUGUAUGCAGAUCCUGAUGAUAGAAAAUGUAGCUUUGAAGAAUCAGAUGUUUAUGCUUUUGGUGUUGUACUUUUGGAACUGAUUACCGGCAAAAAUACUAAAGAUAUUGUUGAUUGGGCAAACACUCUAAUGAAACCAGCUUUAUAUGGAGAAUAUACCGUUCUUGUUGAUUCUAAAUUGCAAGGUGAUUAUAAUAAAAAAGAAGUACAACAGAUGAUUCAUUGUGCUGCAGCUUGUUUAUAUAAAUCUCUAAAGUCUUGCCCAAAAAUGAAAAAGAUAGUUGGAGUUCUUGAAGGAAGUAUUCCUUUAAAAGAUAUAUGGAAUGUGAAUGACGGUAAAUUCUUAUCCGAAUUUAUGACAUACAAUCACCUGCCUACAAUGUCGAACUCUGCUAUAAUUCCAAAUCCUGCAAAUGUGAUUAUGCCCUAUCCUCAAGUACUCACCUGGAAGUCUACAGUUCAGAACCCGCAAAUGCUUCCUAAUUAUCCCAUGAUGGUAACCAAUAAUGGUUUUCCGGUUAACAUUCCGGCAAAUCCAUCCACUAGCAAUGGCAUGCCCACCACCACUUUUACUUAUCGGUACUAUUAUACUUAUAAGUAAUAUUAUUUAAGUAUAUUAAUAAGUUGAUGAACUACAGGAAAUGAUUAAUUUUCCCUCGGAGAUUUCAACAUGAAAUUACAGUAUUGUGAUUUAAGCGUUAUUUUGAUUGUUUUGUGCUUUCCCUUGUAUUUAGAAGGGUGUUUUCAUCAGCAGUUUGGUGUAUGUCUUGCUUAAUUUGGAUACUUUAUUGCUUGUUGAAAAAAAAAAAAAAAAAAAAAAAAAAAAAAAGAAAAAAAAAAAAAAGAAAAUGAUAGAAGAUGUCACCUUUCGCCCCAAAUUGUUUGGGUAGUCUGCCUCAUACGGAAUUCAUAUAUGCCCUUCGCGAAGCUAAUUCAACUGCUGAUUCCUUAGCUAAGCAAGGUGUUUCUCGCGAUGGUGAUUUUGUAGAUUUUCUUUUAUUAUGUUCUCUUCUUUUUUUUUUCUU